AUGCCAGUUCAGCUGUUGGACGCCUUUCUGGGCCAAGUGGCUGCGUCAGGAUCGGAUGUGCUUGAGCGUGAGCUGGAGGAGCUCUACGAUGAAGCCAAAGAAGAGGAGCAGAUGGGGGAGGAUCCGCCGGUGGAAACCGAGGCGGUGGGCCGCACGCGGGCUGAGAAGGACAAGGUGGAGCUGCAGCUCAUGAACCUGAGCACGCAGGCGAAGAAGGGCCGCGACCUGGGCCUGCUGCAGUACGGCCGCGUCUGGCGUGAUCGAGCAGUGAGCCAAGGCAUGACACCGCCGCACUGGGAGUCCGACCUAAGGGUGAUCGAGUGGAUUCGGAGGCGUCGCUCCGGCAUCAAGGCCCUCUACAAGCCGGAAGACGCGGACAAGAAUGCCAAGAAGAAGCGGAAUGACAAAAGCGCCAAGCAGCCGAAGAAGGAGGGUGCCAAGGCCGACGAGGAUGAAGCGGAGGACGACGAGGGCAUCC